CUCCAACAGUUUUUCAUCCCGUCGGACACCUGCUCUUACAGCGCCGUUCUUCCUUAUCCUCUCCCACGUCCCGCCAGCUCCAUCGUCAACAGCCAAUAGCACAGUUGUACAGAGAGACCCUACUAGUACGGAAUCUCUACGUGGAGGGUUGCCACAGACCUCUACUAGAUACCUGCCGGCUUCUGAUGAGGAGUGUUUCUCGAUAAUUUUCUGACCAUGGCAGACACCAUCACGGUCACUGUUGAAUUCACUGGCGGCCUGGAAAUGCUGUUCGACAAUGUCGCCAAACACGAACUGACUCUAUCAAAAACCGCCGACGACGGGAAGCCUCCUACAGUGGGAUAUCUUGUCAAGUACAUAUGCGACAACCUCAUGAAGGAUUCUCGCAAGGAACUAUUCGUUCUGGAUGACGCAGUCCGACCAGGUAUUCUUGUGCUCAUCAACGACUCUGACUGGGAGCUCGAAGGGGAGGAUAAAUAUGAAUUGCAGAAUCGGGACAAUGUCCUGUUUGUGUCGACUCUACAUGGCGGCUGAGUGCCCGUUCCGUCAGCAGCAGACCAGCCAAGCGUCCAAAACAACCCAGCCAGAUAUCUGAUCUAGCUCAUCCCCUGCCAAAGCCGAACAAGUCUAUAACCCCAUCAUACCACGUCAUGCAUCCGCACAGAGAGAUUUUCAGAAUCCUCUGGCGUCUUAUAGCCCGAUGCCGAAGGCUCCGGGGUCCCAGGUCCGCGGCCAGGACCAAGCGGGCUUGCGAUCCCGCUACCUAGCCCAGGCACCGGAGUCGCAAAUCCACUGGGUGGAGCAGGUGCUUUGAUGCCCUCGGGCGAAGCUGGGAUGAUCUCCGGCGGCAGAUCUGGGAUCUUGAUGCGCCUGGCCUCGUUGUUAUAGCUUGCAGGAAUAAUCUGGCAUGGUUGUUAGCAUGUGCUAUCCACCGCUAUUAGCGGUAACUCUGGACUCACUUCGAUAAUCUCAUCCCGAGGGAAAGACAAGAAAGGAAUGUCGGCGGCGUUGCAUGCCAUGAGAUAGCCGUAUAGAACUCGGAGCACACUCUCGUGCGCUAUUAUGAGCAGAUCGUUCUGUUCCCUUUCCAGCUCGAGAAUGACCGGUUCCAGGCGGACGGCAACAUCAUGAUAAGACUAGAUAGGUCAGUUAGCGAGCUUGAGAACAUAACAGCCAUUCCAAACUUACCUCUGCUCUUGGAAACCUGUGAUGAUAAGGAUCAAGGUCAUGCUUCAAGACUUCUUCAGGAUAUUCCUGGCGGAUCCUCCGCUCCGACUUCUUCUCGCACACGCCCGGGUUCAGCUGGCUCAUUUGAGAUCUCUGUCUCACCUUGAAGCCUUUGGCUUCUAGGAAAGCGGCAGUCUCGACCGUGCGUCGUCGCGUCGAAGUCCAGACAAUGAGAGGCUUCAAAGGAGUCUCGUG